AUGUCCACUCUGGAAGUUAACACCAGAGCGGGCUUGGCGAGUGCCGCCAGUGUGGCGAAUCUGGCCAAGAUUGUCAAUAUCAUUGAGUCGAAUGUGCGGGCGGAAGCGGAAACAGAGCAGACGGAGGCGGAGGCGGAAACAGAGGAGCAGGUGGCAGCGACGCAGGUUCCUCGUGGCUCUGCCAGCCGUAGUGUGCGCCUGGCCAGCAGCAGUGCUCCCCGGAGGAGUGCCUGUGCCACCUCGUAUGUGCCCAAGGCACCGCAGCUGGAGGAGAUUGUAUUCGCUGAGCCCACCUGUACGGAGCGGUUUGCUCGAUACCUGGUCAUUGUGAUCUAUCUGUGCGGGCUCUGUUGUCUGGGCUUCUUCCUUUCCAUCUAUCACAUCUUCUUCUGGGACUCGAGAAUGCCACCGGUCUUUAAGGGCCAAAAGAAGACGCAGGCCUUUGGUUAAAGCUUGGAUUACUUCCUUUUAAGCUACGUGAACUUCAAUGUGGAAUAACCCCUCAACACACCAUACAAGCAGCACCAAAGCAAAGUGUUUAUAGUUGAUAAAAUUGUGAUACCCGAGAAAAUAGCCAUUCGCCUCCUGAACUCAUCGGAAGUGACCG